CGUCACUUCCGCCGCGUGGUGCAGGCCGGGAAUGCGAGUCGCGAUUGGCCGGCGCCUGCCCCGCUUUUCAACGUGCUGGGGAGCAGGAAGCGGUAACGGCGGAGCAAGCGCGGCAGGGCGAGGGGCUCCUUGCGACUAGUCCUUUUGCCAUGGAAGCCGAAGAAAUGAUGGAAUGUAUCCAGGAAUUCCCUGAACACUAUAAAGUUAUUUUGGAUAGACUGAAUGAACAACGUGAGCAGGACCAGUUUACGGAUAUCACUCUGAUUGUCGAUGGUCACCAUUUCAAAGCUCAUAAGGCUGUUCUUGCUGCCUGCAGCCAGUUCUUCUACAAAUUCUUCCAAGAUUUCACUCAGGAGCCCUUGGUGGAGAUUGAAGGUGUAAGUAACACAGCAUUUCGUCACCUAAUUGAGUUCACCUAUACAGCAAAACUAAUGGUCCAAGGUGAGGAAGAAGCAAAUGAUGUUUGGAAAGCAGCUGAGUAUCUACAGAUGUUAGAAGUGAUCAAAGCACUUGAAAUCAGGAACAAAGAAAAUUCAUCACCCUUAGAAUCAAAUCAAACGCAAGGUAAAAAUAAACUGAAAAAGAGAAAGAUAGCUGAAACCUCUAAUGUUAUCACAGAAACACUGCCAUCUGCAGAAUCGGAGCCUGUUGAAAUUGAGGUUGAGAUUGCUGAGGGGACAAUUGAAGUGGAAGAUGACAGCAUCGAAACACUUGAAGUAGCUUCUGCAGAGCAAUCUAUAAAGUACAUACAGACAACGAAUACAUCAGAUGAAUCUGCUUUGGCUCUUUUGGCAGAUAUCACCAGUAAGUAUCGUCAGGGAGAGACAAAAUGCCAGAUCCAAGAAGGUGGCGAUAGUGCAACUGAUCCCUCGUGCAAACAGGUAGAAGGUAUUGAAAUUGUGGAACUUCAGCUGUCACACGUGAAGAAUUUAUUCCACUGCGAGAAAUGUAACCGUUCAUUUAAAUUGUUUUACCAUUUUAAGGAACACAUGAAAACACACUCUACUGAGAGUUACAAGUGUGACACAUGCAAUAAAAGGUACCUGCGAGAGAGUGCUUUGAAACAGCACUUCACCUGUUACCACCUUGAUGAAGGUGGUGCCAGUAAGAAGCAAAGACCUGGCAAAAAAAUACAUAUAUGCCAGUACUGUGAUAAGCAGUUUGACCACUUUGGACAUUUUAAAGAGCACCUCCGGAAGCACACAGGUGAAAAACCAUUUGAAUGUCCAAACUGCCAUGAACAUUUUGCUAGGAAUAGCACACUCAAAUGUCACCUGACAGCCUGUCAGUCUGGAGCUGGAGCUAAAAAGGGAAGAAAGAAGCUGUAUGAAUGUCAGGUUUGUAACAGUGUGUUUAACAGCUGGGAUCAAUUUAAAGAUCACUUGGUAAUACACACCGGUGACAAACCCAACCACUGUACCUUAUGUGAUUUGUGGUUUAUGCAAGGCAGUGAGCUGAGAAGGCAUCUCAAAGACAUGCACAAUAUUUCAGAACGAAUAGUGACAGAAGAGGUUCUUCCAGUGGAAGCUGAACCAGUAACAUCAAUGACUAUAAUAGAACAAGUGGAGCAAGUCCAUGUCCUACCAGUAAUUCAGGUACAAGUGGAUCCUGCACAGGUAACUGUGGAACAGAUGCACCAGGAUCUCAUACAGGAAAGUCAAGUGAAAAGCACGCAGAUGGAGGAACUGCAAGAACAGGUGCAAAUUAGUUACUUGGAAGUUGAACACAUUCAGACUGAACAAGGUGCUGAAGUUCAUGUGGAGCAGUUACAUGUUGAGCAUGUAAAUCAAAUACAGAUGGAAGAAGUACAGGCAGAACUUAUAGGUGGAACAGACCUUGAACAAGUAGAAUAUGAAAGUGUUGAUCAAGGAGAAGCAGAAGAAAAGGAAACUAGUCAAGUAGAUGAUGUAGAUAAGGAAGAUCAUGAACAAGCAGAAGACUUAAAUCAACAAUUAGUGGACACACAGAAUGAAAAGGUGGAUGACUAGGACAAAUAACCACACUGUGCAGGUUUAGGAAUUAAAUACCCAAUUAUUUUUGUUAGCUUUUACAUUGGUUUUUGAACCAUCAGCGGUCAUCUUUCCAAUAUGCUGUCCUUAGGAAGCUGGACAAGUGGACCAAAGUUAGCUUUCUUCAUGUACAACUAAACUUCUCAUAUGUGAAAAAUAACUUUCCCAUUCAUGUAAUACCACGGAACAGAAACUACCACAAAGAUGGACAGCUUUGUGAGGAUUUUAAUAAUGAAUAGCUUGUAUCACUGUUACACCAUCCCUGGGUAUAUGUAAGAGUAACUUUACCUCUUUUCCUCUUGCCAUAGAAGCAAACUCUUGUUAUAAAUUUGCAGGGUGUCUGUGGCAGAAGAAUCAGUAAAAUCUGGUGGGUUCUAAUGUAAGUGGCCCAAUCGGGUACCUGCGAAUUUUCUUGGCAGACUGCUGUUUCCUAACAGUGGUCCCUAACUUUCAGGCUGGGGAAAAAAACAUUGUUGCUGUGCCUUUUCAACACUGACUGGUUAAAUUUCCACAAAGCUAGAGUGUUCAAGAACCUAGUUCAGUAAAAGGCAAUGUAGGUAAUGUUAUAGCGCUUUAUAUUUUUGCUUAAAAUUGUCAACUGCUGAUUUUUUUUUUUUCAUUAAAUUUAGGGAGGGGUGAGGGAGGAAAGAUUCCAUGUGGAGGCAGCAGGACACUCUAAAAGGGAUGCUUUAAAUUAGGAAAAGCUCAGUAGAAUCUGUGGUAAACAUGAGAUGGAAGAAAGCUACCAGCAGGCUCUUCUUUUAUAAAUCGUCAUUUUUGAAAAUGAAUAUUUUUAAACAUAAAUAUAGAGAAGACUUGUCUGUAUGGUAUCAGGUUCCUGUUUUUUUAAAAUGAAAUUCUGACACUUGACGCAAAGAUAUUGUACUAAAAGUAAAAGCCAUAGGUAUGAGUGCUAAAAUGUGGAUUGAAAAGUAGGAGUGUAAAUAUUUUAAUCAAUAUUAGACAAUAAAACAAUACCAGCCAUGAAAUAUUGCAUUAUUUGUUUCAUCCAAUAAAUUAGGAACUGAGUGACUGGCAAUUACAGUGCCAGAUCCCAGUGGCAAGAAUCAAUCUCAUUUUAAUAAGAUUAAUAGCUCACUACUGUAAAGUUGUUUAGAAAAUACUUGUCUAGCUCUAUGUUUAAGGAUGCUAAGGACUUCUAAUUCUCAAUUAUUGCCUUGAGAUUAGAGGUGCCUCCAUACUUCUGAAAAACUUUCUUUUCAAAGCUUUAACUAAAGGGAGGAAUUUUUGCAAGGAUGUUCCAUAAUGCUCUUGGUAAUCCUGUAGAUCUUUAGUUAAAAUCAGGCUUUUCUAUUCAGUCUUCUCCAAAUGCAGAAUUAUUUCCUGAGAUUUGUGCUUUUAUUUAGUCUCAUUCAAAAUGAUUCUUGUGUUUCAUCAUAGCAUAGCCUUUGAGAAACUGUUGCAAAACAAACAUGGAUCUCAAUUAAAAUUUCAAACAGUUUGAUUAACAUAACUUGCAUUCUCUUUUUAUGAUGUUUUGUGUUUUCUGAGAUGCAAGUAAUAUGUGAUGAGAUUCUGUGCAGAGGGAAGAAUGUGGCCCAAUGUUAAUCAUGAAAGUAAAAAUUGACUAUUGUAUUUAUACCUGGCUUCUGAUAAGAAGCCCGUCUUUUGAUAACAUGCAGGGGACAGGCCUGCUUGCUUAGCUGCAUAACUAAUUUUUUAGGUAUUUGUGCAUAUAGACACAAGGUCUGUAUCUGUGGAAUUAAAGGAACAAUCUGGCUGUGUGUCUAACCACUGAAACGUAACUUUUAGGUAAUUUAAGGUCCAAUGUAAAUUGAGAAGGUACAUGGUAUUGGUAACAGGGCCAUGGUUUGGUAAGCACAGUUGAGCUAUUUUUUUGUUCUGUUUGAUCUCCCCUUUUCAACAACAGCUUGCGAGUUUGGUAGGAGAGAAACAAUGCUCUGUUGUUGCGCCCAGUGCUGCCUCCAUCCAGACUCCUGCUGAGUCUGGGUGGGAGUGCGGUGGGGGCAUGAGCAAUCCCCUUCUCACCCUGAGGGACAGGGUGAAAGGCUCUCCUCAAGUAAUAACUCCACUGGAAAGCAUUUCCCUUUGUAACUCCCUCUUCCCUAGAAUUUCCUUCUGAAAUGUCUAAAGCCCAAAUUGCUUCUACCAGUGGAGUCCCCCAUGCCUCCUUACUGCAACAGCUGAUACUGGGGGAGGGAUGAUUGACUUGGAGAGUCAGAAGUUCUGGUUGCUCUCUGUAACAGCCACCAUGCUAUCUUCUUUCUGCCCCAAAUGUCUGUAUAGACACACAGACCUCUCCAAACUUUAUAUACCUACGCACCAUUGGAGGAGUUCUUCCCUCUAAAUAAGUAUAUACUGCUGGUCCCCAGAGCACCCUGUGUUAUGUAGGUACUGGUCUGUAGCUUGCAAUGGGGUGGGACAUGGCUGCACUUGUUGCCUGGGGCCUGUGGUGGGCCAUGUCAUGUGGGGUGAAUGCUUGAAUUUAUGCCAAAUGAAACUAAUUGGCUAAAGCAGUGGGGUCUAGGCAGUGAGAAAUUGAAAAGUGGGAAUGAACAAAAACCUGUGACGUGUGUCUGGAUACAAAAUAAAAAGUGAGCAUUAAAUUGAGACCGAAGUUAGGGGUAGACUUGUAGAUUUUUAGAUAAUAUUCAUGAGAAGCCACAAGCUAUUUCUGAAAGGGCAGGGAGGGGAAAGGGAGCUGAUCAAUAGUUUGAGAGCUGCUGAAUUAUUCAGACAAUAUAAGAAAGGAUUAGCUGCUUUUUUUGAAAACAGUUGCCAAAGCAUGUUUCAUCUGCAGGCUUAUGAGGAUGAAAUUAGAUGUCAGUCCUGUGUUAAACCGUCACUAGAGGAGGAUCAUGCAGCCUUUGCUUUGUUUCACGCCUGCAGUGGAACUUUUAAUUAGCUAAUAGUGCAGAAUAUGGUACUCUUACACAUUCUGUAACUCAUUAUUUUGAAUGAGAAAACAUUUAAAUAGAUGUUUAAUUUGGUUGCUUAUUUUUAAGGACUGAAGUAUCUCUUCUAUAGGGACUAUUGUGAAAACGUAACGUGCAGUUAGAUU